ACGAUGGCCCGGUUCAUCGCGCCGCACGCCUUUUCUUCCACAUUCGGCUAAAGGUAAACAGACCGAAAAACUGGUGUCACCCUAAGCACAGCCUUUCCUUCUAGCAUUUAAACAUUCUUCUUCAGACCCUCAGCUAUCCACUCAUCCUAACACCACCGAUGUCGAGCCCAUUUGACGACACCACCAACCUCUUGGACGCACCUUCAGCGCCGUCGCCGGCGCACUCACCACGGCGCUUCCAGAGUGCCUACACCCCGCUCCGAAACGAUGCCCCAGAGACUGGUUACAACUCCCGUCCGGCCUCCCCAACCCGUUUUUCCCCCGCUGUUGCCUUUGGAAAGCGCAACCAUGCGAGCCUCAGUGCUGGGCCCAACUUGCCGUACUCGCUUCCAGACUCCGCUCCGUCUUCACCUUCCCGCACCUCCAGAACGGAAUGGACGAGGCUUGAGUCGCCAAAGCGCACGGGGUCAGAAGUGAUCAUUAUUGAGGAUGAAACGUACUCCCAGUCCGCCAACUUUUCAUCUUCAACAACAUCUUCCAAGCGCCUCUUGCCGGUUCCGCAGCCAAUCUUCAGCCCGCAAACGUACGCUGAGGCGAACCAGCGUGACGAUGAGACAAUCAAAACGUUUCAGUUCGAGGACUACUCCGGAAAGGAGUUUGAGGACUACGAGGAAAAAGCGCAGACCGACUCCAUCUUUUCAGCUGGCCAGGAAACAUUCGCCUACGGUGAAACGUACGGCGAGGCCAGGGAAUACCCGAAUAACCCAGCGGACGAAGAAGAGUCCAUGUUUGGCUCCUCCGUCGAUAACCACAUGAUGAUGGAUCUCAGGGAUUACAGACCCAGCGGCGAUACCUUCUACAAGCGCAAGGUGCCGCUUAAGGGCGGCCACCUUAUCCUCGAGAACCCGGUUCCGGAGAAACUCGUGGCAAACUUGCCCCGCACAGACUCUGAGGAGUUCACAAAAAUGCUCUACACGGCAUGCACCUCGGGCCCGGACGACUUUGCCGCACUGGGCUUCACGCUCCGUGCGGCAAAGUACGGCCGGGAAACCGAAAUCGUCAUCUGCGUCACGAUGUACAACGAGGACGAGUUUUCUUUUGCCCGGACCAUGCACGCGGUGAUGAAGAAUGUUGCCCAUUUGUGCUCCCGGUACAAGUCGCGUUUGUGGGGGAAGGAUGGCUGGAAAAAAGUCCAAGUGAUUAUUGUAUCCGACGGCCGGAACAAGAUCAGCGACGGGGUUUUGCAGCUUCUCACGGCCAUCGGUGUCUACCAGGACAAGCUCACCAGGGCGUAUGUCAACGAGAAAGAGGUGAAUGCCCACAUCUUUGAAUACACCACGCAGUUGUCCAUCGACGAGAACUUGAAGAUCAAGAGCUCUGAGAAGAAUCUCGCGCCGGUGCAGGUGCUUCUCUGUUUGAAGGAGAAAAACCAGAAGAAAAUCAACUCCCACCGAUGGUUGUUCAACGCGUUCUGCCCGGUGUUGAACCCUAACGUGGUGGUGCUUUUGGAUGUGGGGACAAAACCAGAUAACCACGCAGUGUACAACUUGUGGAAGGCGUUUGACAAGGACUCGAACAUUGCAGGUGCGGCCGGUGAAAUCCGCACGAUCAAGGGGAAGGGCUGGAUCAACCUCCUCAACCCGUUAGUGGCGUCGCAGAACUUUGAGUACAAAAUGUCAAACAUCUUAGACAAGCCGUUGGAGUCGGUUUUCGGGUAUAUUUCCGUGCUUCCCGGUGCCUUAUCGGCCUACCGUUACAUUGCGCUCACCAAUCACGAGGAUGGCACCGGCCCGUUGGCGUCGUACUUCCGCGGCGAGGACUUGCUUUCCGACAAAAAGGGCGAGGUCAAGGCGUCGUCCAAGAUCAAGGACUUCUUUGAGGCCAACAUGUACCUCGCAGAGGACCGUAUUUUGUGCUGGGAGUUGGUCGCAAAGAAAGACGAAAAGUGGUUGUUGAAGUACGUGAGAGCCGCUACCGGUGAAACGGACGUUCCAGACUCCGUAGAUGAGUUCAUUUCCCAGCGCCGGAGAUGGCUUAACGGUGCCCUUUUCGCGGCCAUGUACUCCCAGUUCAACUUCCGCCAGAUCUGGCAGACGGACCACUCAGUCGUCCGCAAGCUCUUCCUCCACAUCGAAUUCCUCUACCAGUUCCUCAACUCGAUGUUUUCGAUUUUUUCCCUUGCCAAUUUCUACCUCACCUUUUAUUUUUUGACCGGCUCUGGCGGUAAGUUGCUCGGGACCGCGGGCGACGUUCUCUUCAAGAUCUUCAACUACUUGCUCAUCUGCGAUCUUGCGGGGAUCUUCGUCAUGUCCAUCGGAAACCGUCCCCAGGCGUCCAAGAGUCUCUUUAUCGUGGGGAUGUCCAUCCUCACGCUCUGCACCUUGUACUCCCUCAUCUGCGGGUUUUACUUUGUCAUCCACAUCCUUACCCACGCGGAUGAACUUGCGGGCUCGCGUUCCGUCGUCACAACCAUUGUUGUUUCGCUACUUUCAACCUACGGUGUUUAUGCCCUCAUGUCCAUCCUCUACCUCGAUCCGUGGCACAUUCUCACGUGCUCCCUCCAGUACUUCUUGAUGAUUCCGUCUUAUACGUGCACGCUCCAGAUCUACGCCUUCUGCAACACCCACGAUGUUUCCUGGGGCACCAAGGGCGACAACGGGCCUGUAAGCGAGCGCUCAACGUAUAUCAUUGAGAAGAACGACCAGGGGAUUGAGGUUGCGGAGGUGUACGAAUUCAACAACGACGAGCUUUAUGAAGAGGCCUUGUACAACAUCAGAAACAAACGCUCGAGCUUGAAGGUCAAGGAGGUGGUCAGAAAACAGCCAAACUCGGGCGAGGACUACGCCCGAGACAUCCGCACCAAGGUAGUGUUGGUGUGGCUAGUGGUGAAUUUGGUCUUCAUCAUGAUUAUGAUGGAGGUGUUUUCGCCGGAUCUGACGGAGACCAAUUACUAUUUGUCAUUUAUUCUCGUCUCCGUCGCCUUCUUAUCCUUCUUCAAGGCCUUGGGCUCUCUCGCAUACUUGUUUGUCGAGGGCUUACGCUGGUGCGUCGAGUCCAAGAGCAAGUUUUUUGAGAACAGGGGUGGCUACAGCAGUACCGCAAAGGCCCUCAAUCCGUUCUAGUUAAUCCGUUCAGUAAUUAUAUUAAUAAUACCCAC